UCUGUUUCCAGGGACAGAAGAUGUGCUCCAGGACACCCCUGCUGCGACUGUUGCUCCUGCUGCUAGCCCUGGGGCCUGGGGUGCAGGGUUGCCCAUCCGGCUGCCAGUGCAGUCAGCCCCAGACAGUCUUCUGCACUGCCCGCCAGGGAACCACAGUGCCCCGAGACGUGCCACCUGACACGCUGGGCCUGUAUGUCUUUGAGAACGGCAUUACCACACUUGACGUGGGCAGUUUUGCCAGCCUGCCGGGCCUACAGCUCCUGGACCUAUCACAGAACCAGAUUGCCAGCCUGCCCAGUGGGGUCUUCCAGCCGCUCGUCAACCUCAGCAACCUGGACCUGACUGCCAACAGGCUGCACGAGAUCACCAACGACACCUUCCGCGGCCUGCGGCGCCUCGAGCGCCUCUACCUGGGCAAGAACCGCAUCUGCCACAUCCAGCCUGGAGCCUUUGACGCACUCGACCAUCUCCUGGAGCUUAAGCUGCAGGACAACGAGCUGCGGGCACUGCCCCCACUGCACCUGCCCCGCCUGCUGCUGCUGGACCUCAGCCACAACAGCCUCCUGGCUCUGGAGCCUGGCGUCCUGGACACCGCCAAUGUGGAGGCACUGCGGCUAGCUGGCCUAGGGCUGCGGCAGCUGGACAAGGGGCUCUUCAGCCGCCUGCACAACCUCCAUGACCUGGACGUGUCUGACAACCAGUUGGAGCACGUGCCACCUGUGAUCCAGGGUCUGCGGGGCCUGAUGCGCCUGCGGCUGGCUGGCAACACCCGCAUCGCCCAGCUUCGGUCCGAGGACCUGGCUGGCCUGACUGCCCUGCAGGAGCUUGACCUGAGCAACCUGAACCUGCAGGCCCUACCGAGCGACCUCACAGGCCUCUUCCCCCGCCUGCGGCUCCUGGCAGCUGCCCGCAACCCCUUCAACUGUGUAUGCCCCUUGAGUUGGUUUGGCCCCUGGGUGCGCGAGAGCCAUGUCACUCUGGCCAGCCCCGAGGAGACGCGCUGCCACUUCCCACCGAAGAACGCCGGUCGGCUACUCCUGGAGCUGGAUUAUGCCGACUUUGGCUGCCCGGCCACCACCACCACGGCCACAGUGCCCACCACGAGGCCCAUGGCCUGGGAGCCCACUCUCUUGCCUACCAGCUGGGCUCCCACCUGGCUCAGUCCCACAGAGCCAGCCACCAAGGCCCCCAACCUGCCAUCCACUGCCCCACUGACUGCAGAGCCUGUCCCCCAGCCCCAGGACUGCCCACCGUCCACCUGCCUCAACGGGGGCACCUGCCGCCUGGGGCCACAGCACCACCUGGAGUGUCUGUGCCCUGAGGGUUUCAGAGGCCUGUACUGUGAGAACCAGGUGGCGCAGGGAAUGCAGCCCAGCCCCUCGCCGGUCACACCAAGGCCACCCCAACCCUUGCCCCUUGGCAUUGAGCCGGUGAGCCCCACCUCCCUGCGCGUGGAACUGCAGCGCUACCUGCAGGGCAGCACUGUGCAGCUCAGGAGCCUCCGCCUCACCUACCGCAACUUGUCAGGCCCUGACAAGCGGCUAGUGACGCUGCGGCUGCCUGCCUCACUUGCUGAGUACACAGUCACCCAGCUGCGGCCCAACGCCACCUACUCCAUCUGUGUCAUGCCCUUGGGAGCUGGGCGCAUGCCUGAGGGCGAGGAGGCUUGCGGGGAGGCCCACACACCCCCUGCCGUCCGUUCCAACCAUGCCCCAGUCACCCAGGCCCGCGAGGGCAACCUGCCACUCCUCAUCGCACCUGCCCUGGCUGCUGUGCUCCUGGCUGUUCUGGCCGCUGCAGGGGCCGCCUACUGUGUGCGGCGGGGGAGGGCUGUGGCAGCAGCGGCUCAGGACAAGGGGCAGGUGGGGCCGGGGGCCGGGCCCCUGGAGCUGGAGGGGGGCAAGGCCCCCUUGGAGUCAGGCCUGAAGACCACAGAGGGUGGCAGGGAGGUGCCGCCCAGUGGGCCUGAAUGUGAGGCACCGCUCAUGGGCUUCCCAGGGCCUGGCCUCCAGGGGCCCCUCCAUGCAAAGCCCUACAUCUAAGCCUGGGAGUGACAGGUGGCCAGGGGCUGGGCUGUCAGCUGGUGAGAUGGCCAGCACCCUCCUGCUGCCGCACCAAGGAAGUUCUCAGUCUGUACCAAGGGGACAUGGGCAAGGUAGUCCCUGCCCCUCUCUGAACCUCAGUCUCCUUAUCUGUGAGAUGCUGCGAACCUGAUGAUGAGUUCUAAUGUCCCGCAAGACCCAGGACAGCCUCUGGCCCUGGACUCUGUAAGUGCAGUCCCUGGGCGCGGCAGACCCUGCCGUGUGCUGGUAACACAGGCUGGGGCCCUGCUGAGCUCUCCCACCACAAAGAGAUUCUGAGGGCCAGUGAAGGAGGCCACCAGAAAGAGAGCAGAGGGAGAGCAGGGUGGGGGAUAGGGCCGUGUGACUCUAGUCUCAGCCCCAGGAAGUGAAGGAACAAAAGAAACUGGAAAGGAAGAUGCUUUAGAAACAUGUUUUGCUUUUGUUGUUUUGUUUUUUUUAAAUAUAUUUAUAAGAGAUCAUUUCCCAUUUAUUCUGGGAAGAUGUUUUUUCAAACUCAGAGAUAAAGUCUUUGGUUUUUGUAAGACAAUGAUAUGAAGGCCUUUUGUAAGAAAAAUAAAAGAUAAAAU